AUGAACAUUAGUCCACGUCAUGCUGGAUGUCAUGGGAUUGAUCGCGUCUUGCCGCUGUUAGAUGGCCCACCAGUCGCGUCUUCUCUCUCUCCUCCUUCAUCUCGACAAUUUCUUCCCUUCCCUCUCAAGCCAAUCUUCUCAUUCCAACAAGUCUCAUUAUCUACCCACCACAUCUCUCUGAACGACCACAAAAAGAAAGUACAACAAACCCCGUAUAUUAUACAUCCACCUGAGAAUCUGUCUUGUUCGAGAGCAAGGGAGAACACGCUUCAAAAUGGCGAGUCAGAUCACCUUCUAGUCGCCUUCCUUGGACAGAAUGAAGCUGACAACAUUUCCAUCUUGCUUCCUUAUAUAGUCUAUCAAUUAGUGAAUAACCCAGCGAAAUUUGACGAUCCAUAUCAUUUCAGGAUCAAGUUCGAGGCUAUCGCGCCAUUAGAAGAGGACCUCGAUUGGAGAUUGAUAUAUGUAGGAUCAGCGAAAUCGGAAGAAUUUGAUCAAGAGUUGGACAAUUGUUCGGUCGGACCUAUACCAGCGGGUAUAAAUGCCUUUGAUUUCCAAGCCCCUGCACCUCAACAUCACCUACUCCCAUCGACCGAGACAGAAGAGAUACUAGGCGUGACGGUCAUAAUCAUAACCGCCUCGUACAAGGAGAAGGAAUUUGUAAGAGUAGGUUACUACGUGAAUACAUAUUACGAAGAGGAGGAAUGGAAGGAAAAUCCACCACCGACGGUACAGUGGGAUAAGUUGUUCAGGAAUGUGUUGAUUGAGAAACCAAAGGUUACUAGAUUCCAGAACCCAUGGGAUACAGCCACCCAAGCAUCCCCUUUCGACUCAUCCUCAUUCUCCAACGGUAAUGGUUCUGCCCAGCAACAACUCCCUCCAUCAGGUGGUAACGGUAAUUUCGAGACAUUCUCGGCACCUUUACCACCACCCGUACAAAAAGCCGCGGCGGUCGGUUCCAGUGGUGUUGGUGAAGAUAUAGAAAUGUCGUAG